ACACUAGGGGGAUCUGCCUCUGGGAUCUGUUCCCAGCUCUUGUGUUCCACAGGGAGGAGAAAACCUUGCUGGGUUCAUGUGAGAGAUGGCGAAUGCUGAGGUGAGCGUCCCUGUGGGCGAUGUGGUGGUUGUACCAAGUGACGGGAAUGAAGGGGAGAAUCCGGAGGAUACCAAAACCCAAGUGAUCUUGCAGCUCCAGCCGGUGCAGCAAGGGAUUUACCAAGAGGGCUCUGAGGCCAGCGCUGCUGUGGUGGCCGUUGAAACCCAUACCAUUCACAAGCUGGAAGAAGGGAUUGACCCCAGCAGCCUUGAAACGAGUGAGGAAAUUGAGAUCGCAUACCCCAUCACCUGUGGGGAGAGCAAAGCUAUCCUCCUCUGGAAGAAGUUUGUCUGUCCAGGAAUUAACGUCAAGUGUGUGAAGUUCAAUGACCAACUGAUUAGCCCAAAGCACUUCGUCCACUUGGCUGGGAAGUCUACCCUGAAGGAUUGGAAGAGAGCCAUUCGCCUUGGAGGAAUCAUGCUAAGGAAGAUGAUGGAUUCGGGGCAGAUUGACUUCUACCAACAUGACAAAGUUUGCACCAACACCUGUCGAAGCACCAAGUUUGAUCUCCUGAUUAGCAGCGCUAGAGCACCAGUGCCAGGGCAGCAGAGUGUGGUGCAGACUCCAACCUCAGCUGAUGGGAGCAUCACCCAGAUCGCACUGUCGGAGGAGAGUAUGGAGGAGGGGAUCGAGUGGAACUCGGCUCUGACAGCUGCUGUCACCAUGGCCACUGAGGAAGGCAUGAAAAAAGACACAGAUGAGAUCUCAGAGGAUACGCUUAUGUUCUGGAAAGGAAUAGCUGACGUGGGGCUGAUGGAAGAGGUGGUGUGCAACAUCCAGAAGGAGAUAGAAGAAGUCCUAAAAGGUGUGCAGCAGCGGUUGGGUCAGUCUCCCUUCCAGAUUACAGAUGCUGCAGUCCUGAACAAUGUCGCCCAUACAUUUGGCUUAAUGGACACAAUCAAGAAGGUAUUGGACAACAGGAAAAACCAGACAGAGCAAGGAGAGGAGCAGUUUCUUUACACACUGGCAGACCUGGAGCGGCAGCUGGAAGAACAGAAGAAACUUGCCAGGGACCAGAAGGCCAAGUCCCAAACCAUCCAGAACGUGGUGCUGAUGCCCAUGAGCACUCCCAAGCCCCCCAAGAGACCCCGUCUGCAGCGCCCAGCCUCUGCCACCAUCCUCAGCCCCUCCACUCCCAUCCAGCAGCCUCAGUUCACUGUCAUCUCCCCCAUCGCCAUCGCGCCCGUUGGACAACAGUUCUCUGUGGGCAACAUCCCAGUGGCAACCCUCAGCCAAGGCUCCAGCCCGGUGACUGUUCAUACCUUGCCGUCUGGCUCCCAGCUCUUCCGAUAUGCCACUGUGGUUUCAUCCUCCAAGACCAGUUCCUCAGACACUGUUACCCUGCACCCGUCCUCCAGCCUGGCACUGCUGAGCUCAGCAGCCGUGCAGGAUAGCGGGGCCCUGGCCAACAUGGCGGCUGUGGUCAGCCCUGUGGAACUGGUGGCCAUGGAGUCUGGCAUUACUUCUACCAUCCAAGCUGUGGAAGGCACCUCGGACGAUGGGCAGACCAUCAUAGAGAUCGACCCGGCACCAGAUCCUGAGGCAGACACAGAUGAAUCAGAGGGCAAAGCUGUGAUCCUGGAGACAGAGCUGAGGACUGAGGAGAAAGUGGUGGGAGAUGUGGAAGACCAUCAGCACCAGGUCCAUAAUGUGGAGAUUGUGGUCUUGGAAGACUAGUGGGGAAGGCAAGCAUCAGUUAGGGGAAGAGUUGGGAAUUAUUUGGGGAAUUUGUUUUAUUUCAGACUUUUUUGUUAAGCAUCUUUUCCAGCCACCCCAUU